GUAAUCACGACUACUGUUCUUUUGGCGUUAAGGGGCAGAUACACUGGUUAACUAAGUAUCUGGUACGAUCAGAGAUCACCGCGAGCAUGUUGGAUCUAAAGGAAGCCGGUGUUUACAUCGUGGCGUCGCCAUGGUCUAAAAAGGUUUGCGUGGGUAGUACAAUCCGGAGCACCAUGAAGAGAUGGCGUGAGCAUCUGAGCAACGUUGACACCAAGGUCAUCGGGAGUUCACCGAAACUGUACCGAUGGAUGCGCCAUUACGGUCCGGGCAAUUUCGUGAUUAUCCCGGUCAGACACGCGAAUGAAGAGGAUGAUCGGGCCUUCGAGAGACACCUCAUACAGGAUUUUCCACCUUCACUGAACACGUGCAACACUAGCGAUCGAGGGACGGGUAAGACCCGGAACAGGAGGAAAGGUAAGAGGCAGAGGAAGAGGUUGAAAACGGGACAACGUGAGAAGGUGAAGGGCGUCGUGAGUUUCACGCAUGGAAGAGCGUACGAACAGAGGGUAUCGCUGAAGACCUGGUUGGAAGGAGAAUGGAUAAAGAACACGAAGGGCGAGAGGAGGGUGCAGUUCCACGGGGGAGAGAUCUGGUCGGACGGGUGGAGGGAGAUUAAGAGGCUUUUCGGGAUGACGAAAGUGAGGAUUAAUGGGAGGGUGAAGAAAAUUUCUACGAUCAAGGGGGAACUACAGCAAGGACCGACGGUGGUGUUCAUCGGGAUCACUAAGACAACGACAACAACGGCUAUGUACAUGCAAGAACUGAGGUGGAUGCUCAAGAAACUGAUAUUAUUCAAAAAGAUGGUGAGCUAUACCACCAACCAACUGGUGGGAAUGUACCGGGCAGCAGGCUUCUUCAAAGAGAAGAAGACCAAGAAUGAUUUGAGACUGAAGAUCGACAGGGCCGUGAAGAAGAGGACUGGGGUAGGCAUACGGAAGAGGGUACAAGUGAAGGUCACGUACGAUAAACAGUUGGUGAAGAGGGAGAUAAGACAAGCGACAGAGGGUGUGGUGGGAAGAAAGGUGAAGGAUGCAGCUGUCGCUAAUCAGAUUAAAGGAAGGGUACGGGUGACCUGGAAACGAAACAGGACGGUAGGAGAGAUCAUGCAUAAUCAUCGAAAACAUGCACACGUCGGGAAACAGCUUUGCACAUGCAGAGCAGCCGGUCUUCCUACCACAGAUGGACACGUGCUCACACGGUUCUCUGAUUUGAAGGAGGUACCGGUUUUUAUGAAGAACAGCAGAAAUGUGACAUGCAGUUCGAAGGGUGGCGCCACUCAGGCGAUCGUGCAAGCUAUCAUCGAGGGGACGAGUCACCUGGGAGGGAAAAUGGAGGAUGUCGACAUACCAGCCGGCGGUUUCAUGAGCAAGGAAGUGACGGGGGCACGUGGGCAGGGCACGUGGGAUGAGGAGCAGGUGUUGAAGUGGUGUAAGAGAUUCGAGGGGCUGGUACUCGCCCCGGUGGACCGCAAUCAGGGCGAUACGGCAGUUAUCUGCCCUGUUAUUUAUCGGCACGCCUUUGGGAAGACCUUCGUGUGGAACUGUGACUACGAAGAUGCACGGGAAAAGGAGCAGGACAUCCUGCUGAGAUCGAGGAACGAUUUUGAGCAAGCCAGCCUGCAUAAGAUCGCUGCGUGGAAGACGGACGGGCGAAUUGGACGGGCGUAUGUCAUUCCCAAGGAUAAGGAUCUCGGCAGAUGGAGACCGAUAGCUCCAGCCACGGGCGACCCGGCGGGAACGGCGCAGCGAAAGGUGGCCAGGGCACUGCACUACCUUAUGAAGCUGUUCCCGAAGGAGCAGACUUUUUACCUCAAUUCAAUUCAGGAGCUACCUGCAAAACUGGAGGCGGUGCAGAAGAGAUUGACCGAGAUCGGAUGUACGGGGGUGGAGGGAAGUUGUUACGACAUAAAAGACAUGUUUACGAAGAUACCGCAUGAUGCGGUUUGGCGGUCAGUCUGGCAGAUACUAGUAUGGUAUGCUAACAGAGGUUGGAGGCAGGUUAAGGUGUCCAGGAGAGGAAGAACGUGUACGCUGAGCAAGACCUGCAGGGCGACGGAUGGCUAUGUGGGCAUCCGCUUCGAGAGUAUUUUUGCGAUGGUUGAGUACGAUCUCAACAAUGCGUAUGUCAACUGCUGGCAGGUGAUGAGGAGACAGAUAUCCGGAAUCCCCAUGGGGAAAUGUACUAGCCCGAUCCUGGCCACGAUUACUUGUGCGAUGGCAGAGUUCAAUAUGCUGAAGGGGCUGGGCUCGGAUCGGAAGUUGGUCGGUGGAUGGAGGAUCGUAGAUGACAUCACGGUGGUGGUGGGAGGGCAGGCGGGAGAGAGGAGUUCGAAUGAUGAGGUUUUCGGGAAACUAGAGACCAGCUAUGAUGAAAACCUAACUCUGGUCAGAAAGGACGGAGGGAAGGACUGGUGGCAUUUUCUGGGCGGAUCGUUUUACCUGCUGCAACAGCCAGUGAGACUGAUGUUCGUCCCGGGGACGAAGAAUCUGGUGACACUACGGGAGACUGCCAGUGUCAGGUAUCAGACGAUGCAGGACUAUGCAUCGUACUCGGAGAAAAAGUUGAAGAAGUCUACGCUGGCAGCCACCCUGAGGAGAUCGUGGAGCUCGACUUCAUGCCAGGUCUUGGUCAUUGGCUCGAUAGCCUAUACGCUGUGGGAGGCAUACCUCCGGGGCUAUGCCCCGGACGUCUCUCUAGGUGUCGUGGCCAAAUUGGUCGAGGCUACGAGUGAUCCGAAUCUGCGCUGUCUACUGCAGAUGUUGAGCAAGGGGUUCCCGCAGAGGAGACGGGGUGUAACGGGUACCAGGGGUCCGGGGUACGAGGUCGGAGGGUACGGGUAGGUSGUAAUGGAUAAGGGGUACCAAGGGAGUUAGGGACAGGGAUAGUGAAUUGGAAAAUGCUGGCAAUGGGAUAAAGCGGGGUUUGUCAC